AGCGCAUACAAGUCACAAUUAGUCGAACCACCACGGAAAGCAGUGCUCUGCAUACGUUUGACAGGGCACAAAACUUUUAAAAAAUUAUAUAUAUACUUAAAUAUAUAUAUAAAAAAAUUAUAUAGAAAAAAAAAAAGAAGUAACAACUAAAUAAAAUAAGUUGUAGUUUAAAACGAAACAUAUAUAAUUAAUUAAAUAAUUUAUUUAUAAUUUAAAAGUAAAUAUACAACAAGUAAUUAUACUAAAAAAAUAGAGUGAAAAUUUUAUGUUAAAUCAAGAAAAAGAAAAUUUUCAAAUAUGAAAACGAGAAAAAAGUAAUAUAAAUUUUUUUCUAUAUAAUAUCUGUGUACGUGUGUGUAUAUGUGAAUAAUUAACUUAAAACACAAAAUAAAAUUCAUAUAAAUAAAUUAAACCUCCAAAAGAAAAGAUAAAAUUCGAAAUUAAAAAGAACGCAUUGAAAACAAGAAAAGGUUAAAAAAAUUAAAUCUCCAAUGAAAUGAAAUUCUUCCAGAGCUUCAAUGUCUGGAUAAAGUUUAAGUUAAAAAUAUAAAAAUGAAAAAUGCCGUCAGUGAUGACAUGUUCGUUAAUUUAUCAAUUAUCUGUAACACCGGAACUACGACGACAUUUAAGGCCAUUUAAUAUUAAGAAAAUUAAAGAAGUUGAAACGCAACAAGAAGAGAGAAAAGAAAAUUAUAUAAAUAUUAAUAAUAUUUAUGAGCUUAAACAACAACAGAAACAACAAAAUUCACAAAAAGUUUGUCUUCAAAAAAUCUUGAAAAAACCACAAAAGCAACAACAACUAAAACCACAUAAACGUCGUCGUCGUUGGGUUUUAUCCUGUAAUUUAAUUACUAUUUUAAAGCAAAUUAAAUUAACUAAUCCCACCUUUGAUAUACAACAACAACAGAAACAACAACAGCAACUACAACAACAACAAGUACAACAUCAACAAAAACAAUUACCACAGCAGCAACAACUUAAACAACAUUUGUUAAAAAUUUAGUAAAUUUGUUCCUUGUUACCAAAAACAAACUGCAACAGCAACCAAUUAAAGAAAGAACGGCGAAAGAAAUAAAAUCAUUUCCUGUUAACACACUCUCACUCACUACUCUCUGUAUUGUCAAUACCAAGCAACUGUUUACGAAAAAUUCAAUAUUAAAAAGGAUUUUAUCUGCGAAAAACUAAAAACGGCCGAUAUUAUUAGAAAACAUCUUAAAAAACCACAAGAUCUACAACUUAAACUACAACAACAACACCACCACCACCAGCAGCAACAACAACAGGAAAAACUGCAACAGCAACCUACUCUUUCCAUUUGUCAUAUUGGAUCGUUGUCUCAAAAUUCUAAACAAAUAUUUUUAUAUUUGUUAAUAACAAUUGUUGUCUCACUACUACUCUCAACAGUACAAUUUCAGCAGCAACAAAAACGUCAACUUCACCAACAGCAGUUGUCGUUUUAUCAACAACAACAACAGCAGCAGCAGCAACAACAACAACAUAAUAGUCAUUUUAAACGUUUUUAUUUUGACAACAACGAUCCAAUAUACGAUUUUUUGAUGGACCUGCUGGUACACAAAAUGGCGGAUGGUGGUCACACAUUCGUGAAGAAGAAUUUCCAUAAGCCUACGUAUUGUCAUCAUUGCUCCGAUAUAUUGUGGUUCGGUUUAAUUGGACAGGGUUAUAUAUGUGAAGUAUGCAAUUUUAUAAUACACGAAAGAUGUGUCACAAAUGUGGUAACUCCUUGUUCUGGCAUUGCACCAUGUAUUAUUAAGAAUCCUGUUGCGCAUUGUUGGUCAGAACCAACAACUCACAAGAAGAAAUUUUGUACAGUAUGUCGCAAACGCUUAGAUGAAACACCAUCCGUACAUUGUAUAGUUUGUGAAUAUUAUGCGCAUCUUGAGUGCCAAGAUUUUGCUGUACCUGAUUGUACAGAAAAUGCCACCUAUGUACCCGGCAAGGAGUUGUUAAAUGUUAAGCAUCAACAUCACUGGCGAGAAGGCAAUCUACCAUCAAAUUCAAAAUGUGUUUAUUGCAAAAAGACCUGUUGGUCCUCCGAGUGUCUAACAGGUUAUCGUUGCGAAUGGUGUGGUUUAACCACACACGCUGGAUGUCGCAUGUACCUGCCAACCGAAUGUACUUUCGGUUGUUUACAACCGAUUUAUUUACCUCCGCAUUGUGUUUCAAUUCCACGUACCGAGGUGCCAAUUAAAGAAAUAAUGGGUGUUAGAAAAACAGAAUCCGAAUCAAAUUUAGUUCGUGAAUAUUCGUGCCCCGAUGAAUUUGAAAAUAUUGAAAUAGCUGAUUUAAUAGCAGACGAUAUUAGUCACGAUCAGCGUAUUAUUGACGAGAGAAAACGAGCCGAUAGUACACCCGAUUUAAGUUUAAGAGAAAUUUUAUUAUUACAAAGACAACGUUUAGAACAAUCAAAACAAAACUUUUUUCUUUCAUCUUCACCCUCUUCGUAUGCACCCUCACCUAUACCGACAAUGAUAGCGGGCGAUAUGACCUCUUCGACACUGGCAGCGGUUGCGGAUGUUAUGGAAAAAGGUUUAGAUAAAAAUGAUGAUGGUGAUAUGGAGUGUGACGAAGCAAAAGAGCGGACCGGAGAAGGCGAAGAGCAAAAAAAUCAAAACGAUAUAGAUGAUAUAACUGAGUUGGAUGUGAAUGAUGAUAGUGCUUUACAGUUGACCCAGACCACAAAUACUACAUACUCCAAACACAAUAAAAAAUGCCAAAAUACAAAAAAUAUUACAAAAUCUCCCUCUGCCUCGUCGUCUUUGCAUUUAUUUUAUACGAAUAUAGUACGUAAGAUACCAUAUCAUGGAAGACGAAAACAUCUCUCCUCCAAUACCGACGAUGAGGACGAGGAUGUGGGUGUUUGUGAUGUCAGUGGAGGUGAUAUUAGUGAUGAUUAUGAUCAUUGUGAUGUGGCUCUAAAGAAAAGAGCAGCUGGUGCAAAACUCCAGGGACCAAGUGAAAGAGCAGGCGCAGAAGCUAGUGGAGCUGGUAGUGAUUGUGACUAUCAUGGUGAUGUAGAGGGCGAAACGGCACCACAUGAAGGUUUCUAUGAAACUUCCGAUACUGGCGGGGAAUUGACCACAACCGAUGAUAUUGAUUCAAGCAUGAAUCUUAUAAGUAAUUUAAGUUAUAAUAGUAGUAAUAGCAAUACAUCUAUAGACAAUCGUAGUAGCAUAGAUAGAAGUAAAAAUGCACACAACUUGAAAUUGUCUUCGGGGGUACCGCUGCCAAAAAAGCGUAAUCAUCCGAUGACAGUUAACACUGCCUUAGGUGUGCACAGUAGUAGUAGUGCAGGUGCUGCUGGAAAACCAACCUCACAAAAGACUGGAGCUAUAACAAAGACCACAAAACCUAUACUCUGUCCACCAAAAGGACACUCUACAGGCGGUUCUGUAAGCUCACCCAAUUCAAGUGAUUGUUCUUCAGCUUCACCCAUACCACCACCAACCACGGGAAAAACGCUUUCCUCACUACCGGCUCAACUGUCGCCGGUAGGUCGCAGUAAAUCGUUUCAAGAGCCCGGUGUAAAAUCACACUCACCCAGUCCGCGUCACAAGAAAUAUGCCCGUUUCUUUCAACGUCGUCGUUCGAAACGUUCCAAUGGCGGAAAGUGCGAAAGUAAAAAUAUCCAUAGCAACUAUAGUCUUGAUACUAUGUAUCAGAAUAUUGAAAUUACCAUACAAGAUGAGGAUGGCAAUUUUCAGCCUUACGACGAUAAUUACGAUACCUACAAAUGCAGACGCCAAAGGCGUAGUGAUGAUCUCGUUAAUGCCGAUGACUACGACGACGACGAUGAGGAUAGGGAGGUGUUGAAAGAGUAUUCGCAAUUUUUGGACAAUCGUUUAAGGCCUCAUUGUCAUACAAUGUAUGGCGGUCAUAGUGAUGAUGCUGGCGGUGAUAUAAGUGAUGCUACCAGUUCACGCAGUCGUUCACGUCUCAGUGAUAAUGAGCAUGUUUUUGGCAAAUUACUAAAACGUAUGCGUCGUUUGUCAUUGGGUUGGCGUAAACCGCGCUAUCAUAAACGCAGAGCUCGGAGUAUAUCGGAAGAGUUUAGCAGUGGUGAUACGCCUCGUUUUAAAGAUGAAGAAUCUGUGGAUAGAAUUGAGGCAAUGGCCGUUGUGCCAGGCGGUAGUGCAGCUGGCUGCAGUAGUGGUGGUUCCUCAUCGCAUCAUAGACCAGAUUCACAAUUAGGUCACAAAUCGGAUAAAUCCGAUAAAGAAAAGGAGAAGAAAGAAAAAGAACGUGAAGAAAAGGAUAUAGAAGCCAUAAAAGUAUUCGAUGGCAACAAUUCAUUUAGACGUCAACUAUAUCGUGUCAUUGUAGUACCUCGUACAUACACUCUGGAACAAUUGCUAACGACAGCACUUAGAGCAUUUCAUAUCUCACGUGAUCCAAGUGCAUUUUAUUUAACUGAUUUGUAUGCACCAGCUGGUAAUGAAGAUGCACCAUUGCAAGAUCCUAAUCCUGUUUUAAGCUUAAAUCAUUUGGAGGGUAAACGACCAGCUAUAUUUCUAAGGUUUCAUGACAGAGAUAAUGGCUUUGUACGCGUUUAUCCUGGCAAAUUGCAAUGCUCUGUUGAAGAGCCUUAUGUUAGUGUUCCUGUCGAUACCACGACCACUAUUAAGGAUUUGAUACGUGAUGCUCUCGAUCGUUUUGGUUUAGCCGAUAAUCAAAUCGAUGACUACCGAUGUUCCCAAGUAUUAUUAGAUAGUGGUGUUACUGAACGCAUUUUAUCUAUAACUGAACGUCCUUUGAAUAUUAUGAAACAAAUGGGCAAAGACUCUAUACGUCAAAUGGAAUUGAUGCGUUUCUAUAUGCAACAUAGUCAAGAUCCUCAUGGUCCCAAUAUUGCUUUAUUCGUGGGCAAUCUAGAUCCGGGCAAGUCUCAGCGCAAAUAUGAGGAUUUCCUUAAUAAAUAUUUAAAUGAGGAUAGUAAAUUUACAAGUAUUGGUCCAAUCUAUUAUGAAUAUGGUUCGGUUGUCUUGACCUAUGAAGAUGCCCAGAAAGCGGUAAGAGCUUUUUAUAUAUUACGUGAAGUGCGUUGGGAUGGUAAAGAUCUGUUGGUAAUGCUAUUGCCAAAUAUUGAACCCAGCAUGGUGCCGGCCGAUAUCAAUCCUUUGUUAGUGUUUGUAAAUGUUAAAUCUGGUGGCUGUCAGGGUUUGGAAUUGAUAUCGAACUUUAGAAAACUACUGAAUCCAUUUCAAGUAUUUAAUUUAGAAAAUGGUGGACCAUUACCCGGUUUAUACGUAUUUCGUCAUAUUCCUCAUUAUAAAAUCUUGGUGUGUGGUGGAGAUGGUACCGUAGGUUGGGUGUUGCAGUGUCUUGACAAUGUGGGUCAAGAUUCAGAGUGUUCUAGUCCACCUUGUGCUAUUUUACCGCUGGGAACAGGUAACGAUUUGGCACGUGUACUCUGCUGGGGUACUGGCUAUACAGGCGAUCAGGAUCCUCUUAGCUAUUUGCGUGAAGUUAUUGAUGCUGAGGAUAUACGUUUAGAUCGUUGGACUGUGGUGUUCCAUCCGGAGGAGAAACCAGAGGAACAAACCAUGAAGGUUACGACCAAUACAACCGGUAAGAAGAAGAAGGCUCAUCAAGCACAUCUAUCGCAACAAACAGAUCAGCAUCAUCAAGAACCGGCCAUUACAUCGAGUGAUAAAUCAGGUGCCGCAGAUGAUGAGUGUGAGGGUACGAAAAAUGAGGAUAAUACCCAGAUAUUUGUUAUGAAUAAUUACUUUGGUAUUGGACUCGAUGCGGAUCUGUGUCUAGACUUUCACAAUGCACGCAUGGAAAAUCCAUUUAAAUUUAAUUCACGUCUCCACAACAAGGGUGUGUAUGUGAAAAUGGGUCUGCGUAAAAUGAUGACACGUAAAUGUACAAAGGAUUUGCAAAAGGAAAUGCGUUUAGAGGUCGAUGGCAAAGUAGUUGAGUUGCCGCCAUGUGAGGGCAUUAUUAUAUUGAAUAUAUUAAGUUGGGGAAGUGGUGCUAAUCCUUGGGGACCUGAUAAGGAUGAUCGUUUUUCACCACCCAAUCAUUAUGAUGGUCUGUUGGAAAUUGUUGGUGUUACCGGUGUUGUACAUUUGGGUCAAAUACAAUCGGGCAUACGUUAUGCUAAUCGUAUAGCUCAGGGUGGCCAUAUUAAAAUGCAUUUACAUUCUGAUUUACCUGUACAAGUUGAUGGUGAACCUUGGGUACAAUGUUCCGGUGAUAUUGUGGUUUUAAAAUCUGCUCUAAGGGCCCUUAUGCUAAGGAAAGUCAAGAGUAAGCGGCGUUUGACAGAGCCACAUAUUUCACCAGCUGUCUUGAGUCUCUCGUCAACAGCUGCGGCUACCUCAUCUUCGUCGACGGCUUUACAAAUCGCAGCAGCACAAACAAACGCCACAGCAGUGGGACCCCAACAGCAGCAGCAACAGCAACAAUUACCGGAUAAUGCUAAUGAACGUGAUAAAGAUAAAGAUAACCAAAAUGCUAAUCCUACAUAGAGAUCACGUCCGUCCGGUCCAAGUUUUCUGUUUUCUUGUUUUUUAUAAGAAAAUUAUUAAUUUAUUUUGUUAAACACUCACAAAAAAAUAAUAGACAAAACUAAAGAAACCAACUAAAACUAUUUGUCUGUUUAAGGCUUACUGAAGAAAAAAAACAAAAACAACUUACAAUAGAACUAGUUUAAAGAAAAUGUUAAUAGAAACAAAACACUAUUUAGUAUAAUUAACAAAAACAAAAAUAUUUAAAAAAUUAAUAAAAGAAAAAAACCUGUUAUUUGUUGCCAUAAAAUUUUAAAUCCAAGAUUGCAAGAACAAACCUAAGCAUACAAAUUAACAAUAUAAAUUGAAAAAUAAUUAAAGCAUUUAAAUAACUGUUAACAUAAACAAAAAACACUAUAACAAAAUUAUACAAAAAAUAAAAAUAAUAAAUUUAAUUAAAAUAAAAUAGUAAAAUAUGUUUAUUUCCAAACAAAACUUUAAUUUGCAAAUAUUUUCCAAAACGAAAAACCUAAACUAAUAAAUAAACAAAAUACAAUGUUGACAUUUUCCAACACUUUUGAGCAACUAAUAACUAAAUAUAUUUUACAACUAAUGAAUUAAAACAAAAACAAAAUCCAUAACAAAUUUCCCACCGUUUAUUUUUUUUUUUU